AUGGGAGGCUUCGACUUCGCCAGCUUCGAUGGGUCAGAGCCGCUGACGUCGUCGAAGAGGAGGGAGAGGACGGAGAGAUCGAGCACAAGAGACUCUCAGGAGGAGGACUCCAACAGCGAUUUCGUGCUGCGAAGGUACAGGUUCGAUGCGCAAGGAGGAGGACAGGAGACGAGAUUGCCUGCCCUGCGGCAUUAUGACGUGAAGAUGAGAAGGUCUUCUGCUGCCCCAUCCGAGUCUGAGCUGCAGUACCACAUGACCACCAACAGAGACUAUCUGCGGUUCUACUACACUGACUACCUCGGAUCCCCACCCAUGGAAGAUUCGAAACCCAAGUUCGCCGACGACCGGGGCGAGGCCAUUGAGAUCCAAGAAUUGUGUAGGUGGAUCAGCUCUGUCAAUCCUCGCACUCGGCUAGAGAGCUAUCCUCUGUUCGUCCUCUGCAAGGAUGUUCUCAAUCGGAUAGCGACGAAGGAGCUGAAGAUCAUAGACAGUGACAAGGCGGAACUAAUGGACCUGCUCGCAGAUGCGAAGAAUCGAAUUGCGGAGCUUGAAACGAAGCUUGCAGACGCACAGGAUGAAUUCAGAGAGGAGCUAGACGGGCUCAACAAGAAAUGGAAGCAGAGGCUCCUUGACUCCACUGCAGAAACACUAAGGGAUGAUGGAGAGCUGAAGCUCUUGAGGGAACAGCUUGCGGCGAGUAAGAACGAACUUUGCCAGAGAGAGGGGGAGCUCCAAGAGUGCAAAGAGCAGCUGGAAAAGUUCACAAAGGAGCUGGCAAAGCAGAAGAAGGAAGCCUCCUCGAUGAAGAACCAGAACACUUCUCUGUCAGAGAAGAUAGCAUCGAUGGAGCAAAAGUUGAAAGCGUUGAAGAGCGGCGAUCAGCACGACCCAUUCUCGAAGCUCGAUGACAAUGUACAAACAUGCUUGCUCGCUCUCGUUGUCUCGUCUCAGACGUUUCUGUUGCAGGGGAAGAUAGACGCGCUCAAGAGAUUGCUCCUUGAUGACUCUCUGUUCAAACAAGCCAAGUUCAAGAACGUGCUGGUAGACACGCUCCUUGUUCCACCGACGAAAGGCAUUCCGGUCUCAAUCAAAAAAGCUCUCUGCUUGAGAUUGUUGUCGUUCAUCUUCGAGUCAGAACAAGGGGCAGGAGACAACCUGACAAAACUUGCUACCAUCUCGAACAUGCUUUCAAGCGAGGAGAAGCCGAUCAUGAUAUCAGAACUGCUAAAAGAGGCGGUUGAGUUCUUGGAAGUCAUCGUGAAGUCUUGGAUCUCCACAUUCAAGUCAGAUCAGCGAUGUGUCUUCGACAAGUCAAAGGAGCUCAUGGCAGAGUGGGGCAAGGGGAAGGAUCAGAUUUCAUUGCAGGAGCUUCAGCCGGCGAUGAAUCAGAUUGGAAUCCCUCCCAUACGAUCUGAACAAUUCUUCAUCGACUGUUCUGGCGACGAGUGGGAAAGGGUGAAGAUCCGAUGCAUGGAGGAGGAGGAGUCUCAGUGGGACUACAUGGUGAAGAAGGAUGAGCGGACGGCUGCAGUCUGGGACUUGAUGAGGAGGUUCAUCGAGAGGGACUUCCUCGACCUCACGGAGCGACAGUAUGCUCCUGAGAGCGGGACUCUGUUGCACUCGAUAGACGACAGGACAAGCUGCAAAUGGAUGCUGAGAACGAUCGGACGCUUGUUCGGGGGGAAUCAUGAUACAGUCCUGGCCUUCUUCGGGCAUUUCGUGUCGACUGAGACCCUCUACCUGUCGCUCAAGACUGACAGCAAGUCAAGACAACUUAGGAAGAAGCUGCUGAGAUACAUCACCUGCAUCGUUCGGGCAGAGAAGCUGCCUUUCUCCGAGUGGGCCUUCGAAGUUCACGCGUGCAAAGCUGAAGAAACCCGGAACGAGAAAUAUGAGCAUAUCGGGCAGAUCUACGAGGCCAAGGUGCUGAUAGACGAGACGUUUGACAAGACGGGGAAACCGAGAGAGCCUCUACCUGAGUUCCUCAAGAACUUCCUGAUCCGGCAGUACGGGCUCAAGAGCAUCGCGUUGAAGAACCUCGCCAACAUCGCUGCGGGAGUGAGGAAGGAGUUUGAGAAGGCGUUGAGGCUCAAGAUCUUCGGAAAGAUCACAGGGAUGAUCGACCAGGAAGAGUACGAAGACGGCCUCUGCGACGCGCUCAUGCAAGGGCUCAAGAAUAUCUUCCCCCCUGAUCAGAUCAAGGAGAGGAUGGAUAUUGUAACUCGGAAUGGAACGGAUGACUUGAGCGACGUUGUCAAGCAACAGCUCAUGGAACUUGCAGAGGGUGGCACUCCAGAAACAAUGACGAUCGGAAUUGACACAUGGAUGGAAUGGUUAAUCAAGGUAUACAAGGACAGCAAACUGAAUGCCGAGAAAUUCUUUGAGGCGCUUUACAAUGAGUUUGACACCAACCAGGACCAUGUCCUCGACUUCAAUGAGUUCACCAACCUCGUACGAUCAGUUCAGCCCAAGCUGGAUGACCACGAAGUUCUCGAGCUGUACAACCAAGCACUGGACUUGACAGGUGAGGGUGACAGCAUCUCCCUUGACGCCUUCGUGUACGUCGCAUGUUUAAAUCACACUCUGGAAACCUUUCAAAUCUUCCACAACCAUCCCCUCUCGCAGCAGUGA